AUGCAUGGAGCCACUGGCCCUUAUGUUUCGACUAUCCUAUGUGACCACCUUGGAGUCGAACCUCGUGGUUUGCUGAGAACGAAUCCUAAACCAGACUUUGGAGGUGGCCAUCCCGAUCCUAAUCUAACGUACGCCAGAACGUUAGUGGAGCAGCUGAGGAAGGGAGAACACGACUUUGGAGCGGCUUUCGAUGGCGAUGGAGACCGCAACAUGAUCCUAGGGAAGAAUGGAUUUUUCGUAACACCAAGCGAUUCCCUUGCUGUGAUUGCUGACAAUCUAGGCUGCAUUCCCUACUUCCAGUCCAAAAAAGUCGCCGGCUUUGCACGAUCCAUGCCUACAGCUGGUGCUGUCGAUCUAGUUGCCAAAGCUAAAGGGCUGGAGGUUGGUUGUCGUCAUUAUUUG